AUGAACAGCCAAAAUCAUGAACCAACAACACCCGAAAAUGAAUCUCCGUUGAUAUCCACAGAACCUCAAAGCUCAUCAACUGUUUCGACACCGAUACCUGUGCUACCUGGUCAAAUCCUUACACAAGCAGACCGUGAAGAUAAUCUCAUCGAUGGGAUGGAUGAACUGGUUAGAGAUUUUUUACGUCAAUCCAAUCAACGUGCUCGUUUUCAUACAAUGUUUCGAUGGACACAUGAUGGUGAACGUUAUCUUCAUUAUAGUGUUGUAGUUGUCAUUAAUGAACCACCACAUCUUGUUUAA